GAAUGGCGACGUCUAGCGUUGUCGUUCCACCGUGAGAAACAGUGAGAAACGAUGAAUCUCGGCGUCGGAUUUCUUUUGAAAAUAAAUCAUUCAAGGAUUAUUUAGUGUACAAGUAUUACGGGGGGAGGUGCAACUUGUUCACGACGGUGAAAAUGGAUCAAGCUCCAGCAGAUACAGAACUGCGGAACAUCAUUGAUAAAUUGGCACAGUUUGUGGCACGCAACGGGCCUGAGUUCGAGCAGAUGACAAAAAACAAGCAGAAGGACAACCCGAAGUUUGGCUUCCUGUUCGGCGGAGAACACUUCAAUUAUUAUCAGUACAAAGUGACUACGGAACAAGCCAUUUUAAAGCAAAAAGGAAUAAAUCCAAUGCAAAAUGCAGACCCACGUUUAAACGUUUCGCAGCAGCAGCAAGCAGCCGCGUCCGUCGCACAGCCAUUGAAUAACGUCAGUCUUGCGCCCGGCCUAAGUACUCAGAACAACGGUAUAAACCAAGUGGUAGGAAUUGGCCCGACUGGAAAUCCAGGGCCCGUAAUACCUGGAGUUUCUGGACCGAUCAGAGGGCCUGGAAAUGCAGUCCCACCUAUCGGAGCAGUUCCCGGUGGAAUUGGCGGGGUGAAUGCGCCUAUUGGCGGGGUUGCGCCGGGAGUUAACAUCGCCGGGCCACCAGCAUGGCUGCAGAACGAAUUGGCGAAUCUUCAGUCGCAGCAGACCUCGCUCCAGGAACAAGUCAGGCAAUCCGAACAGAACUUGGCAGCCCAGCAUGCAGCGCUGAUGGCACAACAGCAAGGACGGGUCGAAGAUGCCGUGAGGCAAGCACAAGAGACUUCUCUGCAGAAUAGUGCUCAAAACACGAAUACCGAUUUAAUUGCGUUCGACUCGGUAUUGCAACCUAUUAUCGAUAGCUGCACAAAGGAUAGCAUCAGUGCUGGGAAAGCUUGGAUACUUCAAAAUUCUUUAACAGCACAGAGCAAUCAAGUCGUUGCUGAACAUUUAUUGAAGAAAGUGAUACAAGGGACAAGCUUUAAUCAUAAACUUCAUAUCAUCUACUUGGUAAACGAUGUCUUGCACCAUUGCGCCCGAAAGAAAUCUGUGGAUCUUCGGAAAGCAAUGGAGAGCGUAGUCGUUCCGAUGUUCUGUAACACUUCAUUAGCUGCCUCUGAGGAACAAUUAAAUAAGCUGAAUAAAUUACUCAGUCUUUGGGAAUCAAAAAACAAUUACUUUGACGAAGGGAUUGUAGAUAAACUGAAGCAGCCGAAUACCUCUUGGUCAGAAUACCAAGCUAAUUUGGUUGCGCAACAUGCUGCUGCCAUUACACCAAUUACAACUUCCACCAAACAGACCUUUGAUAAUUAUCAGGCACAGCAUCAAGCUUUUGUUAAUCAUGCUAUGAGGCAAAUUCAAACUAUUGAGCAACAAAAAAUAGCGAUCGAUCAACAGUUGAAAGCUCCACCACCACCUCCCCAGAUUAACCAACCAAAUAUGUCUAUAGCUCCCGCCCACACUGGACCACCUCCAAUGGGAGCUGACAUCAAUUUCACACAACCACCACCAGGCUGGGGACCACCUGGUCCGGAUCCACCACCGUUUACGAACGUUCCUCUGCCGGAUUUUUCGAAACCUCCACCUGGGUUUGGUCCACCUCCGGUCAUCCAUGAACCUUCGGUCGAGGACCUGAUGCCCAGUAUGCCUUAUUUCGAGCUACCGGCUGGUUUAAUGGUUCCAUUAAUUAAGUUAGAAGACGCAGAGUAUAAGCCAUUAGAUCCAGAUGCAAUCAGAUUACCUCCACCAGCGCCACCGAGUGAACGUUUGGUAGCCGCAGUGGAAGCCUUUUAUUCGCCACCAAAUCAUGAUUCUCCUAGGGAUAGUGAUGGUUGGGAGAAAUUGGGACUAUAUGAGUAUUACAAAGCAAAGAAUGCAGCGAGGAAACGUAAAGAGGAGGAUAUAAUGUCUGGCCUGAGGCCGAAAUCUAAAUCACCUUCGCCGAUCCUAAGGCCUCGUUCCAAAAGCCCAAGUCCACCAAAAAAACGGUAUAGGAGUAAGUCUCGUAGUAGAUCGCGUUCACGAUCACGAGGGAGAAGCAGAUCGAGGUCACCUGCCGCUAACCACAGGCGAAAUAGUCGUAACAGUAACCACACUAGCAGAAGUCGGAGAAGAAGGAAUAGUAACAAAGAAAGGAGUCCUGAGCGAAGGAUCGACCGGCAAGACCGCAGUCCAACUCCACCUAGUUUCUUGGGGUCGACAUACAGUAAACCUCCACAAGAAUUAAGCUUGGACGAGAGCAACAAAGGUCAUCAGCUGUUAAAGAAGAUGGGUUGGAGUGGCGCCGGUUUGGGGGCGAAUGAGCAAGGAAUAGAAGCUCCCAUCUCCGGCGGUGAAAUCAGGGACAAAAACGAUCAGUAUAAAGGAGUGGGGAUCAACUUAAACGAUCCUUACGAGAACUUCCGAAAAAGCAAGGGCCAGGCGUUUAUCACGAGAAUGAAGGCGCGAGCGGAAGAGCGCGCCGAGGAGAGGGGUGAUCGCGAUUGAGCGUGCUCCUGAGUGAAAUUUUGCGAAUAUUCCACGUGGACUUUAUCAAUCGAGAACGUACGUCAAGUCGAUUGCUCCUUGGCAGUCGGAUUUGCACCGACUUCGUUUUGUAUUCCGGGGUGAAACGACCGGUUUUCACGAAAUCAAGCCGGCGAGCUUGGUCGUGGCGCCGCUGUUUAUUCCGUACGUAGUUCCGAUUUCAGCGCCAAAAGUACAACAGAGUGUACUUUACAUUGUUGUAAUAAAAUGUGACGAGAAGUGUACCUAAUAUGCACUUGCGGACAUCGUCAUGACGAGCCAAUCAUUCGGAUGUAUGUACAUCCCUCCUUCGAAAAGAAAAUUAGGUGGAACUCAUGGAAACGGGAGUGUUGUUUUCGGUGUUAAUUGUCAAUUUAUAAUAAAUCGAAAGCCACGGUACUCUGGUUACGUAUGAGCGUUGCAGACAAUUUUCAGUUUGAAGUCGACACCGUAGUCGCACCGUCUUCCCUAAUUUAUGUUGCGAGGGGGCAUCAUGUUUCAUCGACGGCAUGCAAGCUCCCGUGACUUAAUUCUUUAAUUGUUGAAACUUUCGCGCGAUUCAUUAAAUAUUUUCAAUCCGAUUCGACCGCGAUACGGGAUACGAUUUGCAUGUACUUCUCGCUCACUGUAAGAAAUCAGGGAAAGACAGAAGCGGUGAGAGAGAUAGCAUAUGACGUCUGAUUAAUUAUAAUAUUUACUAUCAACGUG